CAUGCUUGGACAAAAAGACUUCUCCCCAGUUUCUAAUCCCUUUUGGUUUGGGUAAUCUUUUCCUUGAACCUUUUUAUACAAAGUUAGUUCCUCCCUAUAUACUUGGUGUAUAUUGUACGAAAUUUAAAGAAGAUUUCUGACAGUGAACAGACAUUAACACAGUGGCAAUGGGUUCUUCUAUCAUAGAUGGCGGCGCAUCGCUUCGUUCAACGGGUACCGACGCAACAAAACGCCGUGUUUCUUAUUUCUUCGACCCUUACAUCGGUGACUAUUACUAUGGCCAAGGUCAUCCAAUGAAGCCUCACCGUAUUCGCAUUGCACACAAUCUUGUUUGCCAUUAUGACCUUCACAAGAAAAUGGAGAUCACUAAGCCUUUCCCUGCAAGUGCUAAAGAUAUUGGUUGGUUCCACUCGCCUGACUAUGUUGACUUUCUUUCUUCCGUUUCACCCGAAACUCUUUACGAUGCUGGCCAACUUAGACGAUUCAAUGUCGGUUCGGAUUGCCCUGUUUUUGAUGGACUUUUUGAUUUCUGUCAAGCUUCUGCUGGUGGGUCCAUUGGGGCUGCUGUUAAACUUAAUCAUCAAGAUGCUGAUAUUGCUAUCAAUUGGGCUGGUGGAUUGCACCAUGCAAAGAAAAGUGCGGCUUCUGGAUUUUGUUAUGUUAAUGAUAUAGUUCUUGGAAUUCUUGAACUUCUCAAAUCCCACAAGCGUGUACUGUAUAUAGAUAUUGAUGUUCACCAUGGAGACGGAGUUGAGGAGGCCUUUUACACCACAGAUCGGGUUAUGACAGUGUCUUUUCAUAAGUUUGGGGACUUCUUUCCUGGUACAGGGCAUAUCAAAGACAUUGGUAUAGGUACUGGGAAGUACUAUGCCUUAAAUGCCCCUUUGAAUGAUGGGAUUGAUGAUGAAAGUUUCCGUCAUCUAUUCCGUCCUGUAAUCCUAAAAGUGAUGGACGUUUAUCAACCUGAUGUUGUUGUUCUUCAAUGUGGUGCUGAUUCACUAGCCGGAGACAGGUUGGGCCUGUUUAACUUGUCAGUCCAUGGCCAUGCAGAUUGCCUUCGAUUCCUGAGGUCUUUCAAUGUCCCUUUAAUGAUACUAGGUGGUGGAGGUUAUACAAUUAGAAAUGUUGCUCGCUGCUGGUGCUAUGAGACAGCAGUUGCAGUUGGAAUAGAACCCGAGAACAAAUUGCCUUACAAUGAUUAUUGGGAGUAUUUUGGCCCAGAUUAUACUCUUAAUGUGGAACCAAUACCUAUGGUGAACAAGAAUUCGCCCCGGGAUUUGGAGAAGAUCAGGAACAUGUUGCUGGAGCAACUCUCGCAUUUACCCCAUGCACCUAGUGUUCCAUUUCAAAUGGCACCUUGCAUAAUAGAAGUUCCAGAAGAGAGAGAGGAAGACAUGGAUCAAAGGCCUAAACCACGGAUAUGGAUGAAAGAGGAAUAUGAGUCUGAUACUGAUGAAGAUGAGAUGUUCGAAUAAUAAAAAGUUUGGUUACAACAAUUACUCCAACCGCGAGAACUUGACCAUCAAGUUGUAUUCUACCCACACUUGAAACAAACAUCCCAGGCUUCCAUCCGCCCCGUUUCUUUACAUUUUCUUUGUGCAUUUCUCUGCCUCUUGGGGUCAGUUUAUUUGUAAAUCGUUUAAAUCAAUCCAUAAGCUCGUUUGUUUUUCA